AACUUACAAUGCGAUUCUUCGGACCACCUGUCCCAGAUAUUUUCAGAACAUAAAACUCUUUCGAUGCUGAGUUUUCACCUUCAAAAAUUAACAAUGAUCAAAAUCAAUUAUAUCCUUCUCCUUCUUUCCUUGCUCACUUUUUCAUCUGCAGACACCUGGAUUAAAUCCGGCUACUGGUACUCCGGCAGCGAAUUCCCGGUACCGGACAUAAAUUCCAAACUGUUUACGCAUUUAAUCUGCGCAUUCGCGCACAUUAAUUCCACCAAUUACGAAAUCUAUAUUUCGCCGAACGAUCAACCGUACUUUUCGACCUUCACACAAAUCGUCAACAGAAGAAAUCCAUCGGCAAAGACACUUUUGUCCAUAUGGGCAGGUGCACCAAACUCUUCUGUAUUUUACAACAUGACAAAUCAACCGUCCACCAGAAAAUCAUUCAUUGCAUCCUCGAUUAUUACAGCGCGACAAAACAGAUUCACGGGGCUCGAUCUUAACGGCGUUCUUCCAAGCACACCUGAGAAAACCGCCAACAUGGAAACUUUUCUAGACGAGUGGCGAAAAGCAAUAAAUUCGGAACGAGAAAGUUCGAAUUCGAGCACUUCACCUUUAAUUUUAACUUUGGGAGCUAAAUAUUCGCCUGUGGUGGGGUCCACAGAAUACCCCGUGAGCUCAAUCAGUCGAAACUUCGAUUGGGUGCAUAUUCGGUCGUUCGACUAUCAUGUGCCUUUACAAGAUAGAUUCUUUACAGGAGCACACGCGGCUUUAUACGAUCCGCACAGCAAUAUAAGCACGGAUUACGGGGUACAUGAAUGGAUUCGUAGAGGGUUACCUGCCGAGAAACUGGUUCUCGGCUUGCCUUACCAUGGAUAUGCGUGGACAUUAGUAAACCCGAACGACUACGCAAUAGGUGCACCUGCGAAAGGGCUUGCUAUAACUGCAGAUGGAUCGAUGAGCUAUAAAUAUAUUAAGUGGUACCUCAAUAGCUAUGGUGUGAAACCGGUGUUUAACUCUACGUACGUUGUGAACUAUUGCAAGAUUGAAUCUUUCUGGAUUGGUUACGAUGACGUGGAAGCGGUACGGGCAAAAGUUACUUAUGCGAAGGAGAAGGGUCUUCUUGGUUAUAGUGUCUUUCAAAUACCGAACGAUGAUACGGAUUGGAGUCUCUCCCGGACAGCUCAAGAAGACGAGGAAGAACAGAGAAACAAGCGACAACUAGUGGUGAUUCUAUUGCCAACAACUAUUGCAGCCAUUCUUCUACUACUUGGCACCGGAAUAUACUUCCUGAAACGAAAACUAAAAGUCAAGGGAGAAUCGGUUUCGGGCAAAAGAAACGAGUGCUCUAAUCUGCAAGCGUUCAAAUUCGCUCAGAUAGUAACAGCCACGAAUAAUUUUUCAUGUGAAAAUAAGCUCGGUGAGGGUGGAUUUGGACCUGUAUACAAGGGUGAAUUACGAAACGGGCUUCAAAUUGCUGUAAAAAGACUUUCGAAAGGUUCUAAACAAGGAACAGAGGAGCUCGAGAACGAGCUUGCACUUACAACAAGACUACAACAUGUCAACUUAGUCAAAGUUGUUGGAAUUUGUACAGAGAGUGAGGAAAAAAUGCUGAUAUACGAGUAUAUGCAAAACGGGAGCUUGGAUACGUACCUCUUUGAUCCAGUAAAAAGACUGUGCUUAGAUUGGCCGAAACGAGUUCAAAUUAUCGAAGGUAUUACUCAAGGUCUACUGUAUCUCCAGGAGUACUCAGCAGUCACAAUAAUUCACAGAGAUUUGAAAGCUAGCAACAUUUUGCUGGACAAAGAAAUGAAGCCUAAAAUAUCCGAUUUCGGUAUAGCUAAAAUUUUCGAGAAAGAUGAGGAUUCAGCGAGCACAGGCAGGAUUAUCGGGACAUAUGGCUAUGUUCCACCGGAGUACGUAAAAGGAGGAAUAUACUCGAGAAAAUACGAUGUUUACAGUUUCGGUGUACUUAUACUACAGAUCCUAAGUGGGAAGAAGACUUCAUGUCUGUACGGUUUGCAUAAGAAUGUAAACCUUCUAGAGCAUGCGUAUGAAAUCUGGAAAGACGACAAAUGCAUGGAUUUUAUGGAUCCAUCACUGGACGAUAAUUCGUCCCCAUGCAAAAUGAAGAGGUGCAUGCAAGUGGCUUUGUUGUGUGUUCAAGAAAAAUGGGAAGAUAGGCCAUCUAUGUUGGAAGUUUCAUCGAUGCUAAAAAGUGAAACAGAAAUCGUGCCGACUCCUAAAAUUCCUGCUUUCUCGAUAAAUAAAACUUCACGUGAAGAAACAAUAUACAGUUCGGAAGUAGAAGUUUUUUCGGCCAACAUGUUGACAAUUACCCAAGAAAUGCCCCGGUAAUUGCUUCAAUCUUCAACCAAAGAGGAUUCUUAAGGGAAUUAAAAAUGGCAAUAACCAAGAAAAUCAGGCUCUAACUAUAUGAAGGGGAUUCGAAAAGAAUGCAGAUGCUUAGUAAGUGACAAAUAUAAUGAACGAGUUCGGUAGUUACUCGAAAAUUGCAAUAAGCAAAUAUCGUUAAAUAAGUCUAACUUCCUCACAGGUUAUUACUAGGUUUCGAUAUGUAAAGAGAAGCGUGUGAUUAAUAUUUCUCCAUUUACGCAUAUCCUCUCACAUUCCUAAAAUGGCAUCGAAUUAAAAUCAAGAAUAAGUACCGUGGUAUAUAUAAGUAAACAUUGAAGAUCUUCACUCUAGUUCACUAUUAAAUUGACCAAUGUGGAACCUACAAACAAUUCAUGGAUGAAAACCCGAAACCGAAACCCGAACCGAAACCAAAACCAAAACCGGAACCGGAACGACCCGAGCCCGAGCCAAACCGGAACCCGGAAAUCGGAAGCCAGAACCCGAAAACCGAAAUCGAAACCGAACAUACCGAAACUAAUCCACUAAUCCAUCAAACAUCUCUCUCUCUCUCUCUCUCUCUCU